UUCCUGGGGGUGGAGAGGACCUCAGUAGCUGCUGCGACAACCCAGGAAGGCGGUAACGCCCAAGUCCUGGGACUGUUUGUUUCCAACAGAGUCCUGGGACACUGUCAGCUCUGACUGCGAGAGCAUCGUCUCCCCUCAGCCAUACAGAACUGCUGGCCACUGGCUCCUAUCAGUUGCGCCUCCAUCUUUUGGGACUCGCGCCCCUAACCCUGGUUGGGGCUCUGGACAGGUCCUCGGAACCCGGCGUGGACUCUACUAAAAAAAGCUCAGAAACUCAGGAGCUGAAGGCAGCGUCCGACCGGUGCUCGCCACCGUCACCUGCUGGUUGAAUUCCGGAAACCCACUGUCUGAAGUAUACAGGAGGGAAUCGCUGACCACGCACAAUCAGAAUCGUCUGGACCAAAAGCUCCCUGAUCCUGUGUGGCUGCCUUCUGUUCUUUACAUCGGUCCUUUCAUUCUUUCGGGGAUUUCUGUGUCCUGAAGCUCCCAACCAGCAUCAAAGUAGCUUGGGUGAGCUACAAACUUUGCUGUCUUGUUCUCCAACUUCUGCCUCCAACUUAGCGAGUCUGAACGUUACCACCCAAUUCUUUCCAAACUCCGAAAAUCUGCUUUUUCCUUCUCCUUGUCUGCCUUCUAUAGUCCCCAAAAUUUCCCCCCCUCCUGUGUCCUCUUCACCCCCUUCCUUUGGGGGCCCCGUGACCCUAAAUGUGGGGGGAACACUAUAUUCCACUACACUGGAGACCCUGACACGCUUCCCAGACUCCAUGCUGGGGGCCAUGUUUAGGGCUGACACCCUAAUGCCGGCCAAUCUCAACCCGCAAGGAGAUGGCCAUUACUUCAUCGACAGGGACGGUAAGGCUUUCCGGCACAUCCUCAAUUUCCUGCGGCUAGGCCGUCUGGACCUGCCCCGUGGGUAUGGAGAAACUGCCCUUCUUAAGGCAGAGGCUGACUUCUACCAGAUCCGGCCCCUCCUGGAUGCACUGCGGGAAUUGGAAGCCUCUCGGGGUACACCUGCGUCCACAGCUGCCCUGCUCCAUGCUGACGUAGAUGUUAGCCCCCGCCUGGUGCACUUCUCUGCUCGACGGGGCCCCCACCACUAUGAGCUGAGUUCUGUCCAGGUGGACACCUUCCGAGCCAACCUCUUCUGCACAGACCCUGAGUGUCUGGCUGCCAUGCGCAACAGAUUUGGUGUGGCCAGUGGGGACAGGGCAGAAGGAGGUCCACAUUUUCGGCUAGAGUGGGCCUCCCGCCCCCAGGAACUCCCUGAAGUAGAAUAUCAAAGACUGGGGCUCCAGCCACUGUGGACUGGGGGACCAGAAGAUCGGCGGGAGGUAGUGAACACGCCUACGUUCCUGGAGGAGGUGCUACGGGUGGCUCUGGAACAUGGCUUCCGCCUGGAUUCUGUCUUCCCAGACCCUGAAGACCUUCUGAACUCUAGAUCCUUGCGCUUUGUGCGCCACUGAAGAUGCUACCCUUCACUUGACUGAGGAGAGGAGGGGGAGUGAGACAGCCAAGGGGCUAAUGGCUCUUCUAAAACCUCUUUCUAGUUCUGGUGUGGGAGCUAUGAGAGUCAGGGAUCCCACCAGGCCUGGGAUUCCCAAACUGAGCUGCCCCACUACCCCCAAGACUUGUGAAUGGUCUAGAAGAUCAAUACUGGGACUUAUCCUGGGAAAGCAUCAUGGAUUCUCUAGCCUGUUCUUGCUUAAGGAUGGGUCCUCUGUAUUCAGAGGUGUGGAAAAGUAAGAAAGCACCCCUUUGCCCAGGCUAAACCUAGCAGAGCUCUGGAGGGUUGAGCACUAGGUGGGAGGACACACUUUGAAUUAUCAGAUGUAAUCUGUUCUCUAGACUGUGGUUUCCUCUACUGGACCUGUCACCUUAUCCUACUGUGACCAUUAAGAGGCCAGUACACUCUGGGAGGUUUUUUUUACUAUGUCCCAAGCCACCUACUGUGGGACACACCACCCUAGGAUGAUAUAAGGGAGCUAGGAGAACCUCCAGCAGCAUGGGGGCUAGAGCUCCCUUCUGGAAUUCCGUGUUUUAGGGGAUCCCAAAUGGAAGUGGGACUGGUCCAUGGUAUCCAGAGGCCUCUUUCGUGUGUGUGCGUGCGUGUGUGCGUGCGUGCGUGCGUGCGUGUGUGUGUGUGUGUGUGUGUGUGUGUGUCUGU